AUGGAUUCAGAGGAAAAGGAUGAUGCUAAGGCUGAUGACACUUGUGAGCCUAAUAAUAUUGGUGACAACGAUGAUUGUGCUAGCAAUAGUGGGGAUAAGAAUUUAAAAGUCGGCGGUCAAGAUGAUAAUGAACAAUUUGAUGGUAGUGCUGGUGAUCAUGGAUUUGAAGAGUACACCGAAAUUAACAAAUUCUCAAUGGUGUACGAAGAAGAAAUUCUUAGACCAAAAAAGUUGAUCAAGUCAGCUUCACUGAAAUCUCUCAUCGAGUUUGAAUGUUGUCGAGCGAUUGGUACGAAAAUCGACAUGUUCUAUACUCGGGCUUCAAUAAGAGUUGCGAUUUGGACCCUAGAGCUGAGGCCUGAUGUUGAGAUUUUGAAUAGACAUGUCUGUGUUUCCAACGCAAUAAUUUGUCCAGUCCGCAAGAUGACGAAGUGGAAUGGAGGAGGUAGAAGUCAGCAGAUUGCACAGGGACAGAACUGGAUUUGUAGACCUGUCGUCUCGAGGACUGGAUCCUUUGAAGAGGAUGUCCGUCAGUUUGGUGCCUCUUCAAGCCGCUCUAGCCAGACUUCUAUCCUAGGCGUAGAGGCAGAAAUGACCACCGAAUCAGAUUGCGGAUGA